CGAGAGCAGCACAUGUCGGGCCAGGACAGUGAAGAAGCGCUCUCUGUCUUUCAGGUGCCGUUGGCCCCGACAGGAAGGGGCAAUGAGUUCCGUACACAAAACAUAUCCCCAGAAGACUGGGAGCGACGAAACGUCGUCGAAAGAACCCAAGAUGCAUUUCACGUCUAUUGCGACUUGAUGGACGUCAAACACGGUACUUUUGGUGCGGCAGCAGAUAUGGAGUUUGCAACACUUCUCGUGUUCCGCUUUCGCUUCGACCCGCAGAAAAAAUCAAGACGGAUUCGUGAGGCGACGGUCAAGAUUGAGUUUGUCCCUUGCGCAGUUGGCCAGGAUCCGCCAGAGGUGAUAAGCAUCGCUCCCGACGAGCGCUGGAGCUUGGUGACAACGAUGGAUCACGAAGAAAUUGUCAAGGGGGGCAAGCUGGGGCUUGAUGGGUCCGCGGCGUCGGUACUCACGGCGACGGGCAGUCUAGAAAUGCAGAAAACAACGACGCGCCAUGUCAGCGACGCGACGACGGUCACAGGCACGACGAAUCUUGGCGCAGGUCGCAAUUCGGGGCUGGAGACGGUUGCUCGUUGGCGGCUGUUGGAAAACGCCAGACAAAAGACUGGGGUGCCUGACUCGGUGCGUGUCGCAGUACUGGUCCGGCGAGAGACAGACGAUCCUUUCAAUGCCAUUGUGACGAUUGAGGCCGAGGCGGACCUGGCCACAAAUUUUGGCAGUCUAUUCAGGAAAGUGCCACUAGACGAUCCGGUGCUUUUCAAUCCCAGGGCUGAGCGGAAAGGGUGGAAGACAAACGAAGGUCGAUCUCGUGGAGUCGAGAACCUAGGUGCGGAACCAUUGUACUCUUACUGUGAAGCGCGGGUGUCAGAAGAUGAAGGAGAUUUUAUGGCAGAUGAGCUCCUUGGAGAUGGAGCAGAAACUCCGGAGCUCGACGACAGGGUCAGAGCAAUGUUUAUUCAACACCUCGAAGAUGCAAGCCGUCUUGACAAGUCAACCGAUAAAGGCGAAACUACAGAAGAGAGAGAUUCCAAAAGAAAAACAUUUGUCAAGGACUUCUCCCACCUUUGGCACAGCAGAAUGCGACCGGGGGGCGGCAACUUUCUGCACUUUUUGGCUUCUCAAGAAUACGGCAUCAAGCUACGCCUAGAAUGGCUCAUGGCCUUGGCCAUCAAUAGGUUGCCGCAUUUGAUGGGUGUCCUUGAUGAUAGGAAACUCUCGCCUCUAAGUCUCGCCAUCUCGGUUGGCAAUAUCAAGUUUUCAUGGGCAGUGUGCGUCAGAAUGAAUAGUGCGAAGAAGGAGAUAAUUGGCGAAGCUCUCAAGUCCGAGUGUGAGGAGCGUGACAUGGACGCUGGCGUUACCUGCUUGCACAGAGCUAUCUCGAGUGGCCUGAUGCCUAGGCUGAUCCAAGAGCUUAUCAAGUUUGUGCCGCAUAGCAUGUUCAGUGCAGCUGAUUCUCGAGGCCGCACUCCCUUACACCUGGCCGUCGAAUAUAGCAAGGGCAGCCCUGACCAGGUCGCCAUCGUGCAGCUGAUGUUGGAAAGAGGGCCUGCAGCUUUGAAGUGCCGCACCACGCAUGCAUUGGGGAUGUGUUCCGCUUACCAGUAUCACGAAAGGACGCGUAGGGAGUAUCGAGCCUCGGUUGACAACGAACAAAUAAAGCCCCCGUCACGACCUUACAUAAAUGGUCAGCUACCAGAUGCUCCACGACGCGACGAGAAACCCGAGAAUGACGCCAAGAAAAUCGACAGAUCCAAGCAAGACAAGACCGCCAAGGAGGGGAAGCCAGAGGUCCAAAAAUGGCCGCAAUCACGGCAAGGGAAUGAUUCCAUUAGUGGCUCGCUAACUGCGCAUGAGGCGUUGGACGAACGGCCAAGCAAACAUAAUGCUAGAAAUGAUGCUAACAACAAUAAAGACAAGGAGCUAUGGUAUGAUUUUGGCCCCAAACCGGAGACCAAGAUUAGCGAGAAAGCCUUCCGCAAGCAGUUCCUCCAUCUCGAUUUCGACUCGGUCCUACAAUAUGUCGCUUUUCCCCGCAUAGAGCUUGAAAAACACACCGACGCCGCCGUUAACGAGAAUGACAAGUUGCAUAGCGGGCGACAAGACAUGAUCCCUCUUUUUAAGUGGUUGCGGGAAAAGGGUGUCAAGCGAAUCAUUCGUGUCGAGGUUGAUGACAUGGAAAUGCCGUGUCACAGUGACGAGGCUAUUGAAGAAGCCCUGGCCGGGUUUGAUGUUGAGGUCCUCGACUGGAAACUUGAGGAUCUCGACGUGACCACACUCCAUCACAUAGGUGACAAGCUUCGUGAGGUACAUUUGUAUUGGGGCGGACGCAACGCCGUGCUCCGAUCGUGGAGCGAGAAGGGAGAAGGACUUUGCAAGCUUCCUGCGCUAGAAAAGAUCACUGUCAAACAAGUCCGGGGCCUCGAAUGCGAAUCCCGGACAAAAGCAAACUUGGAAUCCUUCCAGGUUCGACUCAACGAGUCUUGGGGGACGGGCGGAACAGAAGAUGGACAAUCGACUGCUACAGGAACUACCUAUAGCACCAAGAACAAGACCAAGCCGAGACAAACCCCCAAGGUUGGUCUGCCAGAGUCCAGUCCAACACGGACUCGGCAUCCGGAUUAUCUCGGCCGUACGCUCGACACACCACCGCCGCAGGAACGUCGGGUUGAUCCCCAUAAAUGGAUGCUUUGCAUGGAAGAAUUUGCAUCAUCGUUUCGUCAAAUCCGUGAACUGCGUAAAAAGCACAAUGACCCGUUUCUUAGGCCAGUCACGAUAGCACUCAUCGAUGAUGGUGUGAAUAUUACCCACGAAGAACUGUGUGGGAGGAACUUUCCGGGAAAAAGCUUUGAUCAUUAUAAGGAGGAUGGUUGGUGGCGCGUAUCACCGUACUGGAACUCGGCAACUGGCCACGGCACCCUCAUGGCACGGCUGAUCCAACGCAUCUGUCCCAGUGCUACAAUCCAUGUCAUCAAGCUCAAGACUGUUCGGACGGUCAACUCGGGCAAGAUUCAGAUCGACUCCCAAAGCGCCGUGCAGGCUAUAAGGCAUGCGACCGAGAUAGGCGCCCAAGUCAUCUGCAUGUCGUGGACCACAAAGCCACCAGAGGAUGCUGUGGAGAAAACGGCUUUUGACGAUGCGAUUCGGUUUGCCCACUCCAAAGACGUGCUCAUGUUCUGUGCGGCGAGCGACCAGGGGAGCUUCCCAGAGUUUACCUACCCACACGCUUCGAAUCCCAACUACACGUUCCGCAUCGGCGCGGCCCGGGCGACGGGCAAAACUGCCGACUUUGUCGGCGGUGGCCAGGAUCUCAGCUUUGUGUUCCCCGGCCACGACGUCGUCAUGAAGCCCCUGUACAGCGACGUCGGAACCGACAAUGGCUUUGACGCGUUCGCUUCUCAUACCGGAUCUUCGGUCGCCACCGCACUGGCUACUGGGCUGGCGGCACUGGUCUACGAGUGCGUCCGGCUGGCAGUCAUUUACGCGAUCGAAACGAAGCAGACGAUAGCGGCUGUCCGACGCGAUGACCUGACUAUGAUUCGCUCCAAGCAGCGCAUGGAGGAUUCUCUGCAGAGCAUCGGGUUCAACCUCCAGACGGGCAACAAAUAUCUUUUGGUCUGGAAUCGAUUCGAAAAGCCAGCUCGCCAGCUAAGGGAUAGCGAAGGGGUCAACGAGAGGCAGAUGGAGAUUGUGGCCAACCUAGCCCGCUCGUUCCUCACCGGAAUUCAAGAUUCGUAG